UCAAACAAAUCACUAAAAUGCCAUUCAGGUCCAAUUCCCUAUCCACAAAAUGUCCGCCCUAAUUCUGUUCCUUCUCUUCGCUCUGUACUGCCAUACAUUCUCCAACGCCUCCCUUACCUUCUCAGUCUUCGACUUCGGAGCCGCUGGCGAUGGCAUCCAUUACGACACGAACCCUAUACAAUCCGCAAUCGAUACAUGCGCUUUCUCUGGUGGCGGACGCGUCCUCUUCCCCACCGGAGGCGACUACCUCACCGGCACGCUGUUCCUGCGGUCCUAUGUAAUCCUUGAUGUGGAGCGCGGAGCAAGGAUUUUGGGUGGUACCAGGGAGGAAGACUACCCUAAGGAGUCAUCGCGGUGGUACGUUGUGCUCUCGGAGAACGUUACAGGGGUGGGGAUCACCGGCGGCGGAGAGAUUAACGGGCAGAGUGAGGCAUUUGUGAUUCGGCCUGAUGUGAGGAAGAAUGUGAUGGUGAGCUGGAACCGUACUGGGGCGUGUUUGGGAGACGAGUGCCGGCCGAGGUUGGUCGGGUUUGUUGAUUCGAAUAAUGUGAGGGUUUGGAAUAUCACGCUGAACCAACCAGCUUAUUGGUGGUAAGACCUAAGAAGAGCCAUCAGAUUGGCUUUUGCAAUUUUAUCUCAUCUUUUUUGAUUGGUUACGAUGCAUUUUGAGUUUUUUAUAAUUAUUCCUAUAUUAGUAAGCCAGGAAUGUGUCAAAACAGUCCCCGCACUCUUUACAUGGGGUUAUUUUUGUCUCCAA